AUGUCUCGCCAGCCCGACGUCUCCGUCGGUGGGCACAGCUUCAGGCUAUUCUUACUGUUCCUCGCGGCGAUGUGUGCGGUCACAGUCGCGUCAGGCGCUCGUCGUACUCCCACCGGCGUCGUCUUGCGCAAGCCGCUUCAGAUACUAAAGGAGAGCAAGACUGACUUCGCGCCCGGCACGAGCGGUGGCGGCCCGACGUACUGGCUAUACCGCGACUUCCAUCGCGAGGUACCCGCGCAGGUGGAGGCCACGGGAUGGAUACUGGCUGGUAACAUGGCCGACAGAGCGGAGCGCGUCGCCGCUCACCACGCGCUGUGGUCGGAGGCUGCUCCUGAUGACGACGACGCGCCACCGGCGUUGCCCAACGUUGCGAGGGCCAGUCUCCUCGAAAAUAUCGCCAGGCUUUUGACCAGUGUUUCUGCGGUUCAGUACUGA